AGGCGAUUGGUCAGCGGCUGGUUGUCGUGGAGAUAGGACGCUGAGAAGAGUGAAAGGAUAGAAGUAAUGUCCGGACGGUUCGAAUCCCUGAGGCCCGGAGCCGAGGUGCUACUGUCGGUGAAAAAGAGAAAACCACAAAUCUGCCUCUGGAGGGAUGUAACCAUGCACGAUGUAGAGACCUUGGAGAAAGCAAAGAGUGUGGAUGAGAUUCACAGGACUCUCUCCCUGUUACUGCAUCUGGACUGCAAUUCUUCCGACCCCCGUGCCUCAGUGAUAUUGGACCUGUACUAUUAUACUGUGAGCUUCUGCCAGGACUGUGCCUUUAACAGAGAGCAGACGUCCAGUCUCUUCUCUAUUGUAAUGGAAACUCACGCCUCUUGCACAGAUUCCCCUUUGAGCACCAUAGAUACGUGUUACCAGUACUUCAAGGAAUUACUUCUGUGCCACUCAGUCCAUCGGCCUCCAUUCAGCGUGGAACUCUUCACUCCGCAGCAGAUUCUCCAAAUAUCCACUUACAUGAUGAACACUUACUUCCGCCACUUCAAACUCUAUAAAUACGUCUUCACACCUCAGGUGCAUCUGGAUCUCUCCAUCUCAUAUGAAGGAAUGACGGAGCCUGAAGUAGCACCAGAGGGAGAGCAAGAGUCUCCGAGGCCCGGCAUUAUCAGUGAGGCAACUGCUUUAGAAGAGAAGGGAGAAACGAGUGCAGACGCUGAUGAGCCUCCAAAACCCGAUGAAAGCAGCAAGGAGAUGACUUUGGAGAAGCAGAAACAACCCAAAGAAGAUGGUGAGACCCCACUCCGUCAGUAUAUAGAGCAGAGCCUGGGUGUGGAGGUAGAGCGACUUCGCAGUGAGGUGGAGAAGAACCUGAGACUGAAUGAAGAGCUGAUUCAAGAAAAACUGGGGGAGCAGCAGAAUUCCAGAGUCAAAUCUCCUGGGGAAAAGCAACAGAACAAAAGGGUCUCUUUGAAACGGCAAGUUUUUGGCUGUCCGAGAAUUCCGAGGAGCCACAUUUUGGAAAACUGACACCAGGCGCGUCGUAAGACUAAUGACUAGGACGGUAAUGUGUGGUUCUGUUAAAUACAAAGUUUCCUUUCUGAUCUACACAUAUCAACAUAUACACACAAGCAUAUUUAAAUAGAUAAGAAGUUAAUAAAAAGGCGGCCUCCUGUUGGGUCAUUCAGCCACGGCCAAUAUGUAGGACAAGCAGAUGAGCAGAAGAGGAAAAAACACCAGGGUUCCCACACAUAGGCCAAUACUGAGUAGAGACAGACGUCGAGAUCUUCUAGAGAGAUAUCUGGACGACUGCUGGUUUUCUUCAUGUUCUGCCUGUAAAAUGCAAGACAAAGCAACAAGUCAAGAACUGAGACUCCAAACCCAUUCCCCAAAUUUUGGCCCCAGAGUUGUUCAUGGACCACUUGAGUAGGUUCUGCAUGAGAAGUCCAGGCCAGGCUUCUAGCAAAGUCAUAAGUCUUUUAAUAGACAACCAACUGUCCAGAUCACUACAUGGUGGAUCCAAUAAUCAGAACCUGUUUAAUCCCAGAAAAUUCUAUGCAAAUUCAGAUCAGUAUCCAGGAUAGACCCUUGGAAGCACAGUAGGCCAAAAAUAACAGCCCAUGGAAUGAAAGAAC